AAGGUUUCAAAAGAGUCCCUAUGAAAUAAAUACAAGUUGAGAAAGCUACAUUGCCCUUGCCCACCAGCUUUCUUUUCUCACUAUUCAUGAAGAAAUCAUGUCGUUUUAUUUAUUCACACCAUAUAUAAACCCUAUAAAACUCUCCCAAAAACAGGUAUGCAAGGCCUUAGGCGUGAAGCAUUUGCAGCUUUCAAUCUAAAACAGAGGGUGUGGGCUUUGUUUUAGAGCUUGGGAAUGGAGCAAAAGAAGACCAGCUGCUGCUACGAUAACAGUAGCAGCAACAACAACGUAGCUAUAAGAGAUGAGGCUGGAUACAAAGGUGUUCCGAUUCAUAGCCAAGUCAUGAAGAUAAAGCAAGAGUUUGAGAAGAUCAAGCAUCCGUCGCUGCAGCAGGCAGAUAUGAGACGAGUGCUCCGUGAGAUCACCCGGCAACGGUCCCGCUCCCCUCUGGGAUUAGCUGAAAGACCCAUAUCAGUUGGGAAUUUAUAGAAACCACCAUGUUACAUCAUACAUGGUAAAUCCUCUGUAGAAGAGAAGAAGGAGAAAUGGUUGCUCUCUUGGCGGCAGGUUUUUAGGAACAGAAACGACCUUGUUUCAGAGGCUUUUGUCCAGCCAGUUUCUGGAUCUUUGUUCUUUCUGUUGUAGAUAUCCUUCUAUAUGUUUAUGGAGAGAACCUUUUCUCCUUCUUCUCUGUCCUUUCCCUGUUCAUAAUAAUUUUUGUCUCUAUUAAUAUCUUAUAGGACUCCAUCUUGUAUGGAUUAAACCA